UGGCAACCCAAAAGUUGUUCUCAUCUCAGGGCUUAUUUCCCUUUAUAAAUGAUGGCUAAUCAGAAAAUGAUACCAAUUAAUUUCCUCACACUUGUUGCAACCCCGUUGGGCCCACGCAACUCGUUGCUCGGGCCCUAAUUAAUAAUAGACACUAAAUGGUAGGAUGCAACAACUCACCAGCGGUUAGAUAAUUCACAACACGCAUGCGCGAAAACGGCGCAUCCCUCAAACAAAGUUAGAUUUCGCUCAAAUAAAGACGUGUUAGUGCGUCAUAACUGCAUCAAAAAAUCGAUAACAUCUGGGACUCUGUAUUUGCGUCAGGUGUGCAGGUCUCUCCUGUGAACAGAGAUAUCAGAGCCUACCGCUGACACUCCUGCAAAAAAAAAAAAAAACAGGAAUAUUCUUGAAGACGGAAGUGAGCGCCUCAGUUUUCCAAUCAAGGCUCUGGACGCUUCGCAUGCAUGUCAGUGUUUGAGUGUUUAUUUACGUGUGUUAUAUAUGCGUACGAGUUAUUCCCGAAGAUUAGUCCGAGCUUUCAUUUGCCUCAGAGACUAGCCUCCUCCUGCGGUAUGGCAGCGGCGGUAGAAGGGCCGGAGGACGGCAGCCGGAGCGGCGGCGGCAGCGGAGCGCAGGGAGCGCUAACAGGUGACGGGGAACCUGAGGAGGCCGAGGAGUUCACCUGCCCGGCCUACUGCUCGGAGCUCUCCCGGCGGCAGAACGAGCAGAGGAAGGCGGGGCUGUUCUGCGAUGUGACGCUGGUCUUCAUCUCCGGAGGGGUGUCCGGGGAAAAGGUCCAAACCAUGUCCGCCCACCGCUCGGUUUUGUCCGCGGCGUCGCAGUACUUCACGCUGCUGCUGGGCGGACAGUUCUCAGAGUCUCUGUCGGGGCGAGUGGAGCUCAAAGAGUGGAGCUCGGAAACCGGACCAGACCCAGAGACCGUGAGGAGCGUCAUUCAGUUCAUGUACACUGGAGAAAUCAGAGUAACCACUGCAAAUGUGCACGAAGUGCUGGAACUUGCUGACAGGUUCCUGUUGGCACAACUUAAAAACUUCUGUGGAGAGUUUCUGAUGAAGAAGUUGAGCUUGUCCAACUGCGUGGCCGUGCACAGCCUCGCCCACAUGUACACCCUGGACCAGCUGGUCCUGGGAGCUGCAGACAUGAUCAGAAAAAACUUCCACAAAGUCAUCCGCAACGAGGAGUUCUACACACUGCCGUUUCACCUGGUGCGAGACUGGCUUUCAGACUCUGAAAUCACAGUGGAUUCUGAACAGGAGUUGUUUGAGACCAUUGUAAAAUGGGUGAACCAAAACACAGAGGAGCGAGAGAAGUAUUUUGAGGAGCUUUUCAGGCUUUUAAGGCUGCCACAGAUUGCUCCUACCAUCCUGACACGGGUGGUGAGAAAGGAGCCCUUGGUGGUGAACAAUGCAUCUUGUCAGAAGCUAGUGUCUGACACCCUUGAGGUCCACGCUGUUCGCUCUGAGAGCCUCAAGUCAGCUGAUUUAGAGCUCUGCACCUCCUACGUGGCAGCAGUUCAGCCACGUUUUGGCCAGAACAUGGAUGUAAUCAUGGUAGUGGGUGGUGUUACAGAAGGUGGAGAGUAUCUGAGUGGGUGCGUAGGCUACUUUGUUGCUGAGGACCGUUGGGUCAACCUGCCGCACAUUCACAACCACCUCGAUGGACAUGCCAUCGCAGUCACCGACAGCCAUGUUUACGUGGCAGGCUCCAUGGAGCCGGGCUUUGCCAAAAUGGUGGAGCGCUACAACCCCAACCUCAACAGCUGGGAGCAGGUCAGUGGCCUGACCUCCCGCAAGCACUCCUUUGGCCUCACUUGUGUCAAAGACAUACUCUACAGCAUCGGUGGUCACGGCAACUUCAGUCCAGGCUUUAAGGACAUUACUGUCUACGAGCCUGAGCAGGACGAGUGGCACAAUCUCGAGCCGGCCCCAAAAAUACUACGAGAUGUAAAAACGGUGAGUGUGGAGGACCGGUAUGUGUAUGUGAUGGCCAGGACCCCUGUAGACAUGGACAGCGAUGAUGGACUGAACACUGUGACUAUUUGCUAUGAUACAGAGAGUCACAAGUGGCAGGAAGUGGACUCAUUACCGCUGAUUGAUAACUACUGUAGUUUUCAAAUGGCUGUUGGAUCCACCAACUUCUACCACACAGCUUCCUGUUGCCCAAAGAACUACAAGGUAACGUUUGAGGCCGCUCAACAGAAAAUUAGCAGGGACAUCCCGGAAGACAUCCUCGACAGUCUCCCUGCAGAGGUCCUCGGCAUGGAAGGCGCUGCCAUCUGCUAUCUGGGUGAGGAUGUAUUCAUCAUCGGCGGGUGGAGGAACAGCAACAAUCUGGACAAGCAGUACCGCAAGGAGGUCUACCGUUACUGUGCCGAGAGGAAGCGUUGGAUGCUGCUGCCGCCCUUACCUCAGCCUCGCUGCCGGGCCGCGGCCUGCCACAUUCGCAUCCCGUACCAGUAUCUUUACGGCUGCCAGCGUUACCCCGUGCCCCAGAACCUGGUUCGCCAGCGAGACCGAAUGCAGCAGAUGCAGCAGCUCCAUCGACGCACCCUCACUCUGCGGAGACAGCUGCAGUCUCAGAUCGAAUGUUGAGUUUGAAUCUGAUAUUCUGCCUUGUCUGGUUAGCACUUCAUCUGCUGAUAAAUGCCUUUUUUGUUAUUCCAAGACUUAUGUCUUGUUUUUUGCCUUUAUUGAAGUGAAAUUUCUGCAUGGAUUUACCUAGGGCGUAACAAUACACUGUUCAUAUUGCAGGAAAAAAAAGAAAUUAGCUGGACAGGCUGCUAAGUUAUCAAUCUUGCAUAAUCAUUCUGGCCUUACAUCAUUAGCUUACGCCUUACUUUUACUCUGCUAGCAAUUGACACUGUGAUUGCUGUGACAUUUUAUGAGAACGUAGUUGAUUUCACUGCUAAACAACUCAGCUUUGCUUUUUAUAUGUGCUCUGUUUUAACACCUAAGAGUAAAUGAUGUCAGCUUUCCUUGUCAUGAAAGUUAAACCAAAACUGACAGUUAUCAGUGACGCUUCUCUGUGAAAUUUGGUUCAGUGUUGAGAAGUCAACUUGACAAAUUAAAUGAUGUCUACAUUUAUUGUGAUUUAGGUUAGUAUUGAAUGGCACUUUUAUUUUUGGUGUGGUAGUGAUGAAAAUACCGUAAGAACCAGCUGAGAAAAGAAACCCUUCAACUUUUUACUGCUCUUGCUACCUUCAUCUAAUUUCUACCUCUAGUUUACACCAUGGUUUGACCUUUUUGCACUGUAAUGGUUCAGAUAUCUAGUUGAUUGUAUUAAGCAUGUUUUGUGUGUCUUUUUUUAUAGCAAGAAAUAGCAAGUCUUGAGCAAAGCACAUAUUGGGGAAGAGGGUGUUUUGUGGUAACAUGUUUCCCCUCAUUAAAAAUAAGCCAGUGUAAUACAUUUUUGCACUAAAAUAUGUGCACUAAAGCUAUUUUUACUGAUUUCAAAAUACUGUUUUGUCAUUCCAAUGGGUGUGUAUGAUUUACAUAUUAAAUCUUUCAACCGGCCAAAAAUUGCUUUAUAUUAUUUCCCAGGACCAAAUACCACCAUAAUAAUGGUGGAUUAAGACCUCUGUUUCUUAUAUAAAUUUAAAUUCUGGUUUCCCAUUUAAUGGUUUAAUCUGCCUUCGUGCUUUGUGCAGAAUUUACUCUGCAUCUUACUCUGAUUGAGUAAAACCCCAUGUUCACACAUGGACACUGCACUGAAAUAUAUUGAAAUGUAUUAAUACUGUUAAAUUAACUGUAUUUCCAGACACCACUGAAUUUGUUUGUUGGUUGUUGUUGUUUUUUGGUUUUUUGUUUUGUUUGUUUGUUUGUUUUUUUACUCCAAUCCUGUGACACACUUAGUGUUGAGUGGACCUUUUGCUGAAUUCAGUAUCUUUCUCUAUUACUAUUGAAUUUGCUAGUGUUGACGGUAUCUCCAGCCAAGCUGUCUAUAAACAUGAUCUAAUUAGGUUUGGUCAGCCAAACAAACUGUACAUAAAGUGAACAAUGCUGAUUGAUGAAUGAUUGCAUUCAGUUGUGUUUGUGGAGGUUUUGAUUUUUCAAAAAUGCGUUUUAAGCCAGUUACCAGGACCACUGCUGAAUGCAACCGAGCAGAUAAAGACAUAUCUAGAUGUUAACCAUUUGCAGUAGUGCAUCACUGUAAUGCUUGUGGCUGGAUUUCAAGCUCUGAUUUUUGUGCCAGUUUGAUAAAAGAGUUGGUUUUGGAUAAAAUGUGAUUUGCCAGUGCUACACACUCAGAUGUACAGAGUAGUGUACAGACACUGCAAUAAAAGUUAAUGCACUGAACUGCAGUUUGUCAU